AUGAAACUUGCGUUCGCAACAUCUAUUCUUGCCGUUCUCUGCCUUGGCCCUCGUGUCUCGGCCGUGGCCAUUGCCAGCGAAACCGCCGUCGACACACGAGGCGCCGCCGCGGCGCCGGCCAAGAACCCCAUCCUCCUCCUGCACGGCGUCGGCGGCAGCGGCAACGGCUACAUGGUGCCGCUGAAGCUGUACCUGCAGAGCAAGGGCUGCACCGUCUUCUCGCCGACCUACGGCGCGUACGACGCCUUUGGUCUCGUCGGCGGCCUCAGUUCCGUAGCCGACGCCUCGCGUGAAGUCGCGGACGCGAUCCGCUCCGUGCGCGCGCAGACCGGCGCCGCCAAGGUCGACCUCAUCGGGCACUCCGGCGGUGCCUUCCUCACCCUAUACGCGCCGCUGUUCGAGGACGGCGUCGCGGCGAGCGUCGAGCGCGUCAUCGCCGUGUCCCCGGCGACGCGCGGCACCGACACCUUCAAGCUCAUGACCCCUGGCGGAGGCGCUGGGCGUCCGCGACCGGGACUGGCGUAG